AUCAGCCAGCGAUUCUUCGCAGACUCCCGGAGAGGCGCGGGGCUCUAUCAUUUUAACAAUGAUGGCAAAGCGCCCCAAGAAACUCACACUCUAAUGGGUUAUUUUGCUCUCUGAUUGUGCCGUGGAUGUUUUCGCAAAGCAGAGACCUCACGAGGAUCGAGAACCGGGGGCUUAAUGAGUGCCGGUGUGGCAUUUUGUGGGCUGCCGCCGGUCUGACGGGCGGGACGUGUCUCUCCGGCAGGUUGUUUGGAGUGACGGGGAACUGCGCCGCCUGCAGCAAGCUGAUCCCCGCCUUCGAGAUGGUCAUGAGGGCCAAGGACAACGUCUACCACUUGGACUGCUUCGCCUGCCAACUCUGCAAUCAGAGAUUUUGUGUGGGAGACAAAUUCUUCCUGAAGAACAACAUGAUUCUAUGUCAGACAGACUAUGAAGAAGGACUCAUGAAGGACGGUUAUGCUCCCCAGGUCCGCUGAAGUCAGGCCUCCACUCUGCACCCCCCACCCCCAAGGCCUGUCCCCACUCACCCCCAAGAGAAAAAGAGAAAACCAGACGAAAAACUUGCAAUCAACCCCUUGAAAGCACUCAUACUGUUUUAUCAGCCCCCCUCCCCCAGCCCCAUGUACAUAACCCCUCCCUCACUGCGCCCCCUAGGGGACCUGCUGUAUAGGACAAACUAUAGAUAAUGGACUGAAUUUGGGCAGUGGCACCCAUAACGAUAGACUGAGUGGGGAGUUUUUUUUAUAUUAAUGAAGACUUCAAGCCGCAACCCCCCCCGCCCACACACACACACACACACACACACACGCACACACACACACCUCCGGCCAACAGUUCCCAUAGCCCCUUAACCCUCCAACUCCCAGCACCAACAAUCGCCUUACUGGGGACAGUCCCUGUCAUCCUCCAUCCCCAACCCAGGCCUAGUGGACAGCACCCUUUCACACUGUUGGUGGAUAAAAGAAAAGAAGAUAAGAAAAUAAGAAUUCCUCCCCCCUCCCCCCCCCAUGAUAUGGAGCCACCUUAAGAUCUCAGGUUGACAGUGGUGUCAGAAGGGGGGGGGGGGUCUUUUAGGCUCCCUCUGCUCUGAAAUGAGAGAGAUUCAGUCUCUGUUUGAUUAGCUCUGCCCUUCUUUUUAGCCAUGAUUCCCUUCCUGUCGUCCCUCCAUACUUGGGAAUUUUGUUGGUCCUUAAAUGACUGGGCAGAGUUCGGAAGUCUUAAGAAACAUUGUAUUUAAACAAAACCGGGCCCCACGCAACUACGUGAAUUUAACUGCUGUCGCCGUCAUGGUGGAAAGCCAUUCUGGGGCCUGAUGACAUCAGCGUGGGCCGGCCUACACAUGUGGUUGUUGCCGUGGUGACUUCUUUAUGUCCCCCCCCCCCCCCACUUAUGGAGAAAUGGCCCCUGUGUGUGUUUGACAAGUCCCUCGCGUUCACUUUUCAGGCGGGCAGCCAUUUUGCAAAACCCGAAGGCCAAUUGAUUUCCCAUUUGAAUUGACGUUGUAUAUACGUUUUUUUUCCUUUGCUUGCUAUUGUAUAAUGAUUUCUUUUUAAGUGUCAGACAGCAUGAAAUGUUUAUUUUUUGGACUACUCUUGUACAUACUGUAUUGUAAUAAUUUUAAGCACAAGUGUAAUACAGUUUUAUUGUGUUACGACUGGUGUGAUCUCCUCAUUCCCCCCUUCUUUGCUAAAUGCCAGUGUGAGGCAGUAUCUUUAUUGGGAGGUUUUACUGGAGCAUUUCUGGAAAUUUGGAAUG